AUGGCUGUUAAUCUAAAAUUAGGAAACAAUCUAUUUACAAAGGAGAGAAGAAUAGCCGAGUUGGAAAAAAAAGUAGUUGAUUUAGAAAAAAAAAUCUCUGAAUACGAAAAAUUAAACUUGGAAUUUUAAUUGAGACAUAAAGAAGAUUAAAAAGCUUUAUUUGAAUUAAGGAAUCAAAACAAUCUCUAUCAGAUUGAAAAUGGAUAAAUCUAAGCUUUUAGUUAGAAAUAAUAAUAAGAAAAAGAGAAAUUAGAAAUGUAACUUAGAGAAAUAAAUGAUAAUUAUGAUAAACUAAAAUAAAAAUAAAAGGAAANGA